AUGAAAACUAAUUAUAAUAGUAUAAGAAUUGCGAACGAUUCUACCACAGAUGAUUUUUCUACAAAAUAUAAUAAUGAUGAUGAUUCUAUUGUAGAAGAUUCUAAUACAAAAACUGACUCAGUAGAUUUUGAAGACUUUUGUGAGGCUAAUUUUGAAGAUGCAGCAAUUAAGAUGAUUGAGGAUCAAAUUCCACAAUGGCCUAACGAAAUUUAUCAAGUCUUUGCAAAAAUUUGUAUUGAUUACGAUCUAUCAAAUCAAGCUACAGAUUCUUUUAUCUGUUUUUUUAACAAAUAUGUAAAUUUGAAAGUAUCGUCUUUACUAAAAAGUUCCAAAGAGAUGCAUAAACAUAUGAGCUCAAUG